GGCAGGGAGGGGGACCCCCUGAGGGGUUUCACAUUCUGGCCAAUGCCUGAUUGGCAGAUGUUUAAAGAGUUCUCCCUAAUCCACUGCAUCAAUGAAGUGCACACAUUCAGUGCAGAGAUGGGAUAAUCCAGGCAUGAGGACAGUGUGCAGUGCAAGCAGCUAACAUGGACAGGACCCUAGACUCUCUCCAACUCCUCGUCACCCAGGUGUUGCCACAGAGUGACCCCAGCAUGGUGUUCAGAGACUUAAAUGUAGUUGCAUUACUUCAAGAGUUCUGGGAGAAAAAAGAGAAGAGAAAGGCGAUCUUCCCCAGUGAAAGCUUGGUGGCCUACGAGUCGGUCCCAUCUCCGGAUCCACCAUUUGUCUGCUAUGUCACAUUACCUGGAGGAAGCUGUUUUGGAAAUUUUCAGUGUUGCACAAGUAGAGCAGAAGCACGGCGAGAUGCGGCCAAGGUUGCUUUAAUCAACUCCCUUUACAAUGAAUUACCCACCCGGACAAUCACACACGAGUUCAUCAUGAAAAGUGUCCAAGAAGCUGUGGCCUCCACAAGUACGGUUGAGAAGCGGAAGGAACAGUCUCCACAUGCAGUGAGAUUGAAAGCUGUGUACUGCAAAUGUGGGAAAAAUUUGAAUAAAGACUAA